UCUCCCUCUCUCCCUUUCUCCCUCUCCAUAUACCUAUAGAUACAGUGCUUCAUAGGGUUUUGUUUAUGAUCCUUAAAAGCAUGCCGGAUCUCGGUAAUCUCUCUCUCUCGGCUUCUCUCGCUCUCACUCGCUGCCCUGCCAUCAAGCUGAUAACUGAUCCACCAGAUCUGGGCAAUCCUCAGUGCCCUAGCUUGGUCAAGACCCUUGGCGAAGAAUGCGAUCAGGAGCAAACUUUGAGCUUCCCGGUACUCUGCCAAGGGGAGGUCAACGUUGGGAACGAAAUUAGGGCUUUGAGGCGGAAUAGGGGCUCGUUGGACCGGGCCAGGAAGGCCUCGAAUGGGAAGGGCUUGGAGGACCACGUGAAGACUUGGGUUCAGAAGAAGAUGGAAUCGGGGGUUCCCGAAUCGAGGUGCUGUCUUCCUUUCCUCAUCGGCGCUAAAAAAAUGGUUGAAUGUCUUGUUUGCCAUGAUCUUAUCUACCCUGGGGAAGAGGUGCUGUGCUCUGUUCGUGAUUGUCAAGGAGUCUACCAUUUAGAAUGUGCAAAAGCAUUGCUUCAGAUCUCUAACCUGAAAAAUUUCAAGUGCCCACAACAUGCAUGCUUCAUUUGCAAAAAUAGAUUAUACUGGCGGUGUGUGCAGUGCCCAAUGGCAUCACAUGACAAGUGUGCACCAUGGCCUGACACGGUGAUGCAUUUAGAAGGUCAAUCAGGGAGAGCUGUUUGCUGGAGGCAUCCUACAAAUUGGCGGCUGGAUAGGGAGCAUGCAGCUUGUACAAGUGACAUGGAGGAAGUUUUUGGUCGCUUGCCUUUGCCUUAUGUCGAUGAGGAGUUCAAGAUUGACUUAACAUGGAAAGACAUGGAGAAUAAGAUGGAGCCACCUCCCUAUGUCCACAUCAGGCGCAAUAUUUAUCUGGUCAAGAAGAAGCGUAAUGGUGCUGCAGCAGAUGAUAUUGGAUGCACAAGUUGCAGUACUGUAUGCUCUGACGAUUGUGUCUGCAGGGUUCAAUGCAUAAGCUGCUCUAAGGCUUGUCGUUGCUCAGAAAAUUGCACAAACCGGCCAUUCCGCAAGGAGAGAAAGAUAAAUAUUGUCAAGACAGAAUUUUGUGGUUGGGGAGUAGUGGCUGCAGAAAAAUUCAAUAAAGGCGAUUUUAUAAUUGAGUACAUUGGAGAAGUUAUUGAUGAUGCCUUGUGUGAGCAAAGGCUUUGGGACAUGAAAUACAGAGGUGCUCAGAAUUUUUACAUGUGUGAAAUUCGAAAGGACUUCACGAUUGAUGCAACUUUCAAGGGUAAUGCGUCUCGGUUUUUGAACCAUGGCUGUGACCCCAACUGCAUUCUGGAGAAGUGGCAGUUUGAGGGGGAAGUGCGUGUUGGUGUGUUUGCUGCGCGGUCAAUCGAGGUUGGAGAGCCAUUAACGUAUGAUUACAGAUUUGUGCAAUUUGGACCCGAAGUGAAGUGCCACUGUGGAGCUUCAAAUUGUCAAGGUUAUCUCGGGACCAAAAGGAAGAUUGGUAAGGUGGAACUUUGCUGGGGGUCAAAACGGAAGAGAACGUCAACCGCUUGCAUAGCUAUCAUAACUGUAUGAUUUCUAUCAACAAUAUGCUGUAGGUGAGUUAGUAAUGUGAUAUUGUGUUCUGUCGUUUUCCAUAAAUGUUGGCAAACAGAAAAUCAAAAAAAAAAAAAAAA